AUGAGCUGCCGCCUGUGGCUGAUGCUCAUAUUGAUCAUUUUCCAAGACAAUCUCCAAGCGAUGACAUUGAAUCAUUUGCCAGAUUGCUUUUAUGAAAAACGCGUUAAUACUACUCUACAAGGCCACAAUGAUCUGAACGAUCACUGGACAUCGGACUUUGAUUGUUUUGAUCGUUGUCUGCGAAUGGAUCGACAAAGAUGUCGAUCAUUCGAAUACUGGCAUCGCGAAGAAGUCGGCCUCUGCGUUCGAACAAAUAUCUCGCUAGCAGAUUAUCCAAGUAAAACAGGUCAUAGCACAUCGGUUGACUAUUACGAAAUCAAUUGUCGACGAGAAAUGAAAGCUGUGCGACCAAGUACGAUUCACUGUCCGAGUGAUCAAUUGUUUUUAACUGUACGAUUAAAUGGAGUUCUCGCGGCAAACGUUCAACUGGGUGACGCAAAUUGUAAAGCAAGUUGGUCAAAUGAAACUCACGUACAAUUUACAACCAAUAUUGAUAAUUGUUCAUUGAUCAUAACAAAUAAUUCAAUUAUUGGCAAACUUCGCUGGACUGCCGGUGUCAAAGAUGGAAAUUUCUCCAAGCAAUAUGAACGAUUUUUCUCCUGUCCAAGUAAAAUUUACCAAAUACGAACUAUGAUAUCGACAUCCACAGUAUCGAAUCAUAAACACACUCUGUCGGUACUUCCAAAUCCUCAACCAACAUCUGACGAUGACCAGAAAUCGACUUCACCUUACAAAAUUAGUUUAAAAUGGACUUUGCACAACCACUCCUACGACUGUCCGGAAACAUGCUAUGUAUCGCUUUACUCUUUUCUCAAUAUAACGCUAGUCGAUCUAUCGUUGAUCACAUCCAAGUAUACCAUUGAUUCGUGCGAUUUACGCGCCAUAUCACCAUAUACACAAUAUCUGCAACCAAAACGGUUGAUUUCUCAAGGUUGUCCCGUUGAUCCAACUGUGAUUCAUCUACCAAUCCAUUCGUCUCAGUUAUCCGUAUUUUAUUUCACUUUUUAUCUGUAUCGCAUACUCAAAGAACCAAUUCCGUUUCAAAUCCAAUGUAAAAUUCUACAUAACGACGAACAUCUGCAAUCUCCUCCGAACAUUGAUUGUACAUCGUUCGAUAUGAAUCGUUCUCUCAUGAAUAAGAAUGAUAAACGAGAUUACUUCUAUACAUUAUUUCGUUCAGCAUCAGUGUAUGUUACACGACAAUUACCAACCAUUGAAUCCGAAAAAGAUGCUUUUCAUCAGCAAAAGACUAGUAUUUCAAUUGCUACCGUCCAUUAUACAGAGUGCUCUGUUUUUGCCUUGUGUAUUCUUAUACUCUAUGCCGUUUAG